AAACGACUGCCCAACAGCCACCAUCGUGCGGGUGUAUGCGUCACGAACGAACUUGAUCAGGCCACCGACUUCAAUCGACCAAGACCAAGGAUAUAUUGCUAUCCCACCCUCUAGCUCAAAGCUCAACUGCAACCAUGAGUGAGGCAGUUCGGAGGUCUCGCGCCAGGGAGUCUGCUACGGGGACCUUACCGCUGCCUCCGAGAAGGAUAGACUCUAUCUCAAGAAUACCGCAUUCGAAUGGCACCGCCGAGCGAGCAUCCCUGAACCUGUGGACAGCGGGUGCCAGUGACUCGAGAGCUUCGGAUACAGAGCCGAAUCAUGAUUCACGUAGGCUGCCACAAGAAGUCUGGGCCAUCAUUCUCGACUACUUGUGGAACGAGCAGAAGGCACUCAUUGCUUGCAGUCUGACGUGUCACGCGUGGGUUUCGAUAACGCGUCGUCACCUCUGGAAUACUGUCAAGUGCGUCUUGCCGUGGAAGAUUCAAUACCUCCGGGAGUCUCUCAAAAGCUUCCCCGAGCGAGGGACCUUGAUCCGCUGCCUCGAAAUCGAAGGGGACUUAUUGACCCCCAGCUCGCUUGUAUCGCUCCUAUCAAAUUUUAUCAACCUCGAAACGUUGACGAUUGGGAUGUUAAAAUACAUGCACCGAGCGGGGGUGCACAUCUCGGAAGAAUCGCUCAAAGCCAUAACGCUCCCGCGACUGAGCACGCUAUCACUCCUUUACUCCACCUGGGAGACCGUCACUCUGGGCCGCUUGCUUUGCGCGUUCCCCCGCCUUACUACAUUGUAUAUGAAACGAAUCGUUUUCUCCGACGAAGGCGAGCAGUGGGAUUCCAUCGACCCUUCUAUCCGCGACGACCUUGUGGCCCGUCUCGCCGGUCUCCAUCUGAAGACUCUGACUUGGUAUUGCGGAGCAGUAUGGGAGGAACUCGACGGGUUGCUCAUCAGCUCACCACUGUGUCGAGGUCUUCGCAAGCUCUCCCUCCCGGGCGCUUACGGUAUCACAGUUGGCCAUAAGGUCGCCACCGCGUUCCCGAUCCUACGGACAGCUGGGCCAUCGCUCGAUGCCCUCACGCUGAUGGUGUCUACCCGAGAUGAGGAUGAAGCGGGCCUAGACCUUCUGGACUUUUCGCUGAAUACAAACCUUUCGACGUUCCACAUCGGGAUUUUGGCAGGUGGACAUCGCAGUUAUUGGGCGGACCGCCCGGCGUCCGUGCUUCGUCGACUGGUGGGCUCGCCAGCGAUGUAUUCCCUCAGACGCCUGGACCUCUACUUGCUCCUGUAUGACUGCACACAGCCUCCUCCGGACAACUACAUGAGGCCGAGCAACGCCCGUCUCGGCGACAUAAUCGUGUCUAUGCUCCGGGACAAUUCGCACUUGAUCAUCACUUUCCAUGCGCGUGGUUCGGCGUAUGCAGCUGGGGUUGCGCGGCGCGUGUUGGCGGAGUAUGUCGUGCGUUGUGCACCCGAGUUCGUCGCCACCGAUGCGCAGACACGUCUGCGGUUGAUACACGACCUCGCUGUCUUUGGAAGUGAACAUUCACCUUUGAAUAUGGGACAUUGGGAACCAGGCUGGGAAGAUACGGACAUAUCUGGAAGUAGGUCGGCGGAUAAAUUACGGGAUGUUCUUAGUAUUAUCCUCUGUACCGAGUACAUGCAUAACACAGUAUCCUACUCCCAAAUGAGCGUGCAUUCUUUGUGCUACUGGUGUGUACCCACAUAUGCUUUUAGUAUUUCGCGCGAGACGACCUGGAAAAUGCGACUGGUUCUUCUGUGAAACGAUGUACUUCCUAUUCCAUUUUCAAGUUGAUUUGUCUCUUCCCGGAAUUGCGUGCACGCUGCACGCUACAUGGGGGAC